GGGAGAUAAGUGCAAGAGACGAGCAGACGAAGCUGGCGACAGGAUAUAAGUGACCGUUAACACGAUAAGAAACGCUUUAUUAUUUUUAUUAUCUUUAGUAGGAUGUCUUAUUUUCUUAAACAGUUUCAGUUCCUUAAACAUCUUCCGAGCCCCAGACUUCGAUUAGAAUAAACCUGUUAUGCGAUAAUAAUAUACUUCAUAGAUAUACGGAAAUCAGAACUGAGCUGCUCAUCGUUUGACUGUCGCCAGUCGGUAGCAGACGCACGCAAACGACAAGUUCACGGAAGCAGGGAGCACAGAAACUAAAAGGGAAACGUAGAACUGAACCAGUGAUUCUUGAUCAGCUCGUUUAACAGUGCUGACACAAUGAGCAAGAAGGUCGUGCAGUAUGCACCCUUGCCACAGACUGUGCCAAGUGAUGAUGAGGAUGAUAUACACCAGUCACAGGAACUGGGAAAAUCCAGUGCUGGUAGAGGUUCUGACACUGUGGAAAUGAGGAACAUUAGUUCAAGUCAGUCAGACCAAGCAGUACGCUAUGCCAUGGGAAAGGGGCGGAAAAGAUGCAUGAUACUGACAAUAGUGGUUGUGUGUGUGGUGGUUGCUGGUAUGGCAGGUGCUGUGGCAUUCCACAUUCUGAGCUCUUCCUUCAAUGCUGGAAGGGUGCACAGCAUUAACUUCAGUCCUUAUGGAGACUGGAUGAUCUUCUAUAAUGACUCAACAUCAAAGUCAAGUCCAGUGUUGAUUGAUGUUGAUGGUGAUAAACAGGAGGAUGUUUUGGUGGGUGUGACCUCGCAGGAACAGUUCAGGCGGAUACAGCCUUUGCUGGUUGACCACACCAUGAAUGAGUCAUGCAGAAAGUUGGGGCUUGAGUACCCCUGCACAAGCUGGCUUGUGGCACUACGUGGAUAUGACAUGAAGGAGCUGUGGCGCACAUGGCUUCGUUCAGACUUGCUUUUUAUCAACUGUCAGGACGUUGAUGUCAAUGGUGAUGGUAAACUGGACUGUAUCUUGACAGGGCAUGAAGCCUCAAUCCAGGCCAUAGACCUUGCCACAGGAAAAAUCCUUUGGGUGACUGAUGCUGAAGAUGCAAUGUGGGCAGGGCACUUGGUGCCAUCCAUGAGUGUGUUUCGUGCUAGUGGCAUACCUGAUGUGGAUGGAGAUGGUGUGGUCGAUCUAAUUAUCUCUCACGGAGGUGAUCCCAGGGAAGAUUCCAAGAAUUAUGACCAGAAAGCAGGUCGGAUUAUAUUUCUAUCGGGUGCCACUGGCAGACCUUUGGGCAAGUAUAUGGAACUGCCACAAGAGAAGGAAACUUUCCUCAGUCCUCAAGCUUACCGCACAGCUGAUGGCUCCCUCUACUUUUUUCUUGGUAGUGGUGGGGAGACAACUGCAGGAGACUUUAUGGUGAUAUCCUACCCAGACCUGCAUCACAAUAUCAUGGGAAGCAAUACCACUCUAUCAGUGCCUGGCACCAAUGGCAGCAGAUAUGACUGGCUUCUUGGCAUCCCCAAAGGUGCAAACUCUCUUCACAUAUUGUUCAGUGGCAAAAAGAAAGGUGUUGUGGUGCCACCAGUCCUAGCAGACGUGACUGGUGAUGGAGUAGAAGAUGUCCUCAUGUCAGCUUUAGAGGGAAAUCUGAUCCUUUUCGAUGGGCAGUCACUGCAGCCAGUGUGGAACAAGAAGUUCCAAAAUAUGGAGAAUUUCGGUGUUCCUGCACCAGGAUUCUUUAAUGAUGAUAGUGUGCUAGAUUUCAUGGUUGAGUGGAGACAGGGAAGCGGGUCAAAGCAAAACUACAGUGUGGUAUAUAUUGUAGAUGGCAAGGAUGGCAGUGUGUUGUGGUCAACAGUGGGCAGGCAUCUCCAGAUGGCAUUACCUCUUUCCCUUAGAAGAAAACAACAUGGGGAUCUGUUUCUUAUUUCUGUCUUGGGGCGCCAACGCUCUGGAGUUUCCAGCAUAGCCACCAGUGCACCACCACUACAGGCUAGCAUCAGUCCAGAAAGACAGAAACGUCACCUCACCAGCAGUCCAAUGGAUGAAAAUGAGACCUUAGAUGCUUCAGAAGAAUCAGCAGUAGAAAUGUGUAACAGGCUGCAGAAAAUUUUUGAUGAAAAUCAUUUAACGUGUGAUGACGACCUCUCUUCCAUGAAGAUGGAAAUGUACUUGAUCACCAGACUGUCAGCUGACACCCCAGUCAUUGUAUAUACUCUUAGGCCAGAACAGAACACAUAUAUCUAUUCUGCGAAAAGCAGUCAACAUCUUUGUCACCCACCUGCUCCAAACGACCAGAGAAAAGUUGAGAUCUGCACUGUAAUGAUACCACAGAGCAGCAGAGGAGCUGUUGGUGAUGUGGAUGAGGAUGGACACGUAGACUUGAUUCAACUGGACAUAUUGGAGGCUGACCAAAUUGAUGAUCACUACAACAUAAAAGGCAUAAAAUCCAGUGUUGUCCUGCGGCGUAUCAGCCUGGCGACAGCAUUAAAUACAGCAAGCUACAUGUCAGAGCACAUGCAUGUUUCACCAGCAUCUCAAGAUCUUCAAGAAGUUCUGCCUCUGACUUUACAGCCAUGGCGACAGUUCAUGGGAUCCAGUGGCAAUGGCACAUAUAGAAAGGACUAAGAGAGUUCAUGUUCACUCUUUGUGUAUAGUUAAGAAAUAUGAUAAUGAAAUAGAAAGAGAGAGAGGAGCGAGGGUUGGGGGGGAAUGGAUAGAGGGAUGUGUAUGAAUCUACUCCAAGCAACAGAAUAAGUUUUAAAAAAGUGUAUUAAGAAGCAUAUUUAUCAUGCAGAAAAGUGUUCUGGAAAAAAAAAAAAAAUUAUGAUGCUUAUUGUUUCCUGUAAAUUUUCAAACAAACCUUUUAUUUUAUAUAUGACAUUUUUAAUGUGAUAAUAAGCCAGCUUUUUCUUCUUGGCUUUGUAUUUCUAUUUUGAUGUUCCUUUAUCUCACCAGCAUUUUUUCCAGAUCUUGGAAUUGAAAAAUUUAUAGCAAGAUUUAUCAUUGUGAGUAUUGAGCAUUAGUAUUAUUAAUUGCUAAUCGUUUGUGUAGAGAGGGUGUAUCUUUUUGUAUUACUUUUGGUUUAUCCUGACAUUCCAAACUAGCAUCUCAUGAUUGAUAAAGCUUUAAAUGUUUUACAAACAAUAAAAAUAUAAAAAAAGAAAUUAUUAAUGCUGUGCAUUGUCAUGAUCAUUGUCUUGAUGAAGGACCUAGCAUUGCCAAAGGGACUUUUUUUCUUUCCUUUUAUUCAUGGAACUCAAGAUUCCCAAGGUUGUGCUGCUGAUCUGCCUGCAAACAUUGCUCUUUGUUCAUUCCUAUUUAAUGUCAUCAAUGAUCUCCACAUUACCACACUACAAAAAUGUUUUCAAGAUGAACAAUAGGCAUUGACUUAUAAAUAUCUUCCAGGUGUAAGAGUUUUUUUAAAAAAAAACAAAACAUCUGUGUGUUUUUUUGUUAAUAUUUCUGGAGGAGAGUCCCAUUGUUAAAAGCUGUGCAUAUUUGUUUAGAGAACAUUUUUUUCUGUGCAGCAGAUAUAUGGUUGUGAGCAAAAAAAAAAAAAAAGCUCUUGCUUUUUGUCAUUUUCUUUUUUUUUUUACAAGUCUAUGAAACACAAAAAUUCAAUGUGUGAUGCACAUGUUUUGACAUUGCGCUAGGGUGAACAGUGAUGCAGGGUUUUCCCAACCACAUUUUGAACCCUGGGCCUCAUAAACAUUUUAAACUUCGAUCAUCUCGGCAUACGUGGUGUUGAUGUGUUUUGUGAGAUGUUAUUGUAUAUUAUUAAUGAACUUAAUGUUGUUGAGAAUACAUUCUCGCAUGUGAGUUUUGCUUAAAAAACCAGUUAGCAUUUGAAACUUGCUGCAGGGACCCGAUUAUUACUGGUCUUUUUUUUCCCUUGUAGUCUAGUGAAUUUUUGUUCUAGACCUACGUUUAGUUUUGUUAAUUUUAUACAUUUGUUUGUUCUUUAAAGUUCUAUGAAACAUACUUAGAAAGCUUUUUAUAAAGAUUUUCAUUUGAACUCCUUUUGAACAACGAAAGCACAUGUAUGAACAAUAUAAAUUAUUCCUAUUUCUAGAUGCAUUUGACUUCAUUUAGAAAUUUAACUUCAGAGUUAAUUUUAAGUGUUCACAUUUUUUAUUAGUGGGCAGGUCUGAGCUUCUGCUAAAUCAUUUUUAGUUUUUCUAAUUUAAAAGUUUGUGUCCACAGUAAAGAACAAAUAGUUUGAAAUUUUCUUUAGCUUCUAAGUGUAUUUCACUAUUUGUAAUUAAAGUAUACAACUCUU